AUGAAGUUCCAGCCUCUGCGUACGACCGCGGGCCUUCUGUGCUCAGCUGUUUUGAUCACUGCCCAGACUUACACAGACUGCAACCCUCUGCAGAAAAGCUCCCACAACGUCCGAAACUUGGCUGAUCCCGGUGAUAUUCACAUAGCAUGCCCCGCGGACACUGCGCUCGGAAAGGCUGGACAAACUUACGAUUUCACGGCUGGCUCGUCUGUCGAGUUCGCUGCCUCCGGGGCUGUCACCUACGAUAGCACCAAUGGAGCUGCCUUCACAGUCACCAAAAAGGGUGAUGGGCCCUUGAUCCAGUCUGGCUGGUACAUCAUGUUCGGUAGAGUCGAGUACACGAUUAAAGCCGCGCCGGGAACGGGUAUUGUCAGCAGCGCUGUCUUGCAGUCCGACGACCUGGACGAGAUUGAUUGGGAAUGGUUGGGCGGCGACAAUACUAAGGUGCAGACAAAUUACUUCGGCAAAGGCGACACCAGCAGCUACAAUCGUGGUGCCUUUCAUGCCAACCAAGGGAAUCACGACGGAUUUCACACCUACUCCGUUGACUGGACAAGCUCCCAGAUUGUUUGGGCUAUCGAUGGUCAAACUGUCCGUGUUCUGACACCUGCGACUGCGGACAGCAACCAAUACCCGCAGACUCCGAUGAUGAUCAAGGUUGGUGUCUGGGCUGGUGGUGAUCCGGAUAAUGCGCAAGGAACCAUCGACUGGGCUGGCGGAGUGACCGACUACAGCAAGGGUCCCUUCACAAUGUAUCUCAAAUCGAUGACCGUGACCGACUACUCAACCGGCAACUCUUACAGCUAUGGUGAUCACUCAGGCUCAUGGGAGUCCAUUAUUUCCAAUGGUGGCCAAGUCAAUGGCAAUGGCGGCGAUGAGCCGACAGUAGCCCAGCCGGCACCCGUGAUUACCGCAACGGCAGACAGUGUUCCUAUUCCUUGGAGCGGGACCCAUCGCGAAACUUCCAGCUUCGUGACCCCUGACGUUUGGCCCUGGGUUGCGACAGGCUCCCCAACGAGCUUUUCCACAAGCCGGUUUCCUCCCGGCUGGCAUUCUGGCUCCGGGCACAUUCAGCCACCCAGCGGCGGUUCAGCGAGUGAGCAUUGCCUUCUACCUACCAGCAGACCGAUUAUGACCCCGGCUAAACCCGACCAACUUCUCUCACAGUCUAUCUCCCGAUGUACAUCAGCCUCCUCGGCCUCUUCGUCGGUUUCACGUUUCCCUUCUGGGCUUAAAACAGUUUCGACUAACAACGCAACGCGGUGGACACGGCCUACAUCACCUGGCUCCACCGACGCUAAACAUCAUCAUUUGGAGCAUUCACAGGUGGAAAAGCCCACAAGCAUGACCACCUCAGCAGAAACAGCCCAUCCACUGCCGAGCUCUGCGCCGUCGACUGGCCGUGGAAUCGUCUUUUAUCAGGCACCUACGAUGGCGGGCGUAGCCUUCACCACCAUACUGCUCGGGGCCGCUCUUGUCAUGCUGUGA